AUGGUUCUUAUCUCCGAGAAAUGUGCAAAUAUAUUAUCGUGCCCAAUCAAGUCUUUGAGAGAUAAUCUAAAUCACCCAGAGAAUCGAAAAAUUAUACUAAAUUCAAUCAAAGGUAAAAAAGUUCGUACAACGUAUAAUGAUAAAAAUGGGCUAAAAAAGACAUUUGUAAUUGAGGAUUUGUCUGAAGAAGGAGCAAACAUUUUACAGGCCUAUGGAAGAUUGUCAAAACCUUUUAAUAUAUGUGUGGCAGCACAUUAUUACGCAAAACACCGAAUUCGACUUCAAUAUCCCUAUCUUCACUGUAUUGUUGAGAAAUUCCCAACAAAGAAAGGGGUUUUUAAAGAAAAUCGUUACUAUCCAUUGGAGUUACUCGAGCUAAUUAAUGAAGACGAACCUAUACAAAAUCGUGAAAAUAACAUUUCAAAACGAGAAGAAAACAAACAGACUGAGUUAGUAGUGGUCGAGGACGAAGAGGAAAAUGAACAACUGGAAGAAAUUUUAAAACCAACUUAUUAUUGUAAUGGAUGGUGA